AUGUUUAUAGUCGUCCUUUUUGGAGAUUCCCAACAGGAACUCUUCAACCCAAAUUGUAAAAAUAUAUUGCUGAUAGAAAACAUAAAGAAACGCUGCAACUGCAAAGAAAAAGACACUAUAGAUUUGGCAGAAGAAAGUGGUGCCGUGAAAAGCAUGAAUGAAAGGCCAUCAGAGCAGUUCGCUAGUGAAUAUUUAGAGUAUCGGCGAACAUAUAUUUUGGUCGAAGUUAAACGUGAGUGA